AUGCGUGACCGGCUCAAGUCCUUGAAGCUGAAGGAAGACGAUCAGGUGACCACGGCUCGGAUGGGCGAGGGGAGACCUGACGAUCUUGUCACCGUCUCAGCGGAAAAUGCUAAGAACCUGGCGCUGUCUGCCAUGUGGUACAUUGACCAAGAAGCCGACAGAGUGAAGGAGGAAACGAAAAAUCCAGAUAUCCACGUGCUCCGAAAAAGAUACAACGGAGCUUUGGACAAACUGAUCGUUCCACCCGAGCCUGCAGAGCCUGCGGGCAGCGAGGAGUCAGGAGAGAGCGGAGGCCUCGAAAUUCCCGCAGCCUUAGACAUGGAUGCCAUGUUUGAACGGGCGGCACCUCGGAGACGCCGUGAGAAACGUCCCAAGGGCGAGGAUGCGGAGGAGGAAGAUGAAGGCAUCGCCGACUACCUGAUUUCCAUGCAGAAACUCAGCAGCCGACGUUUGUUGGAGAAUCAGCCAACAAAGGCUCGAAGCAAACGCAGUCCGGAAGAGCGGCGGCAGGAAUACGAGGACACCAAGGUCCGCAUGUUCGCCUUUACUGCUGCGAUUGGAAGUCUUGGCACUGGCUUUUCCAUGCUCAUGUACGGCGUGAACGUAGCAUUCAGCUUUGGUCUGGGGGCUGUUGGAGGACUCUCAUACCUCUCAGGAUUGGCCUCCUACACUGACAACGCGGAGAAUGCCAUGGGCCUCUUGGAUUCGGUGCCCUUGGUGCUCGCCGAUUGCUGGUUUCGGGGCUCGCAAGCUUUCAGCGUGGUGCUACUUCGCGGACGUCCAACUCAGAGUUGGGCUGUGGAUCGCUUGCAGCGCGCCGCCGAAGAAGUGCGACGUUUGUCGCCUGACGUGGCGUGCUUUCAGGAGUUUGACGAGGCCGCAGAGGAAGCGUUCACGAGAAACUUGGAGGGCUACAGCUGUGCCGCAGUGCUUCGGAACGAGGCAUUGCCGCCCAAGGACGGAUGCGGCAUUUUUCUGCGGAAGACGCUUCGGGCGACGCAAAGCCAUUCCUUCCGUUUGAGGGAUGUCGCUGAGAGGCAUUUUCCGGAUGCUGCGAAUCUGCGCGGCGGGGCUGGCUUCGCAGCUGCCUUGUGGCGGGAACUGCACGAGAAGCUGACUUUGGCCAAUGCAGUGGAAGUCUCCGUUGAGUCUGGCAGGGACCCCAAGGGGAUCUUUCAGCGCAGGAAAGUUUGGAUCUCCACGUGUCAUCUCUACUGGGAUCCGCGCUAUCCAGAUCUGAAACUUUUGCAGGCAUGGCUAUUGGAGCGUGAGCUGAGCGCCUUGAGUGGUGGCAAACCAUUGAUCCUAGCGGGCGAUUUGAAUAGCACCCCGUUGCUGGAUGGCCGCUCUCAGGGCCCAAAAGGGGCAGAGCUUUCCGGCGUAUACGAGCUGAUGACGCGAGGCAGAGUUGAUGUGCAGCAUCCACAUCAUCCAGUACUCCUGCGGCCGGGCACUGGAAUCCUCGCCGGUGUACGGCCGCAGGACGUGCCGGAGUUCCAAGUCGAAUCCUUUCAAAGCGCAGCCCAGGAAGCUGGAGGUGAGGUAACUACCAACAUCUCUGCAGACUUCAGGGGUUGCUUGGACUACAUCUUCUACCGAGGCGAUGGCUUGCGGCUGCUGAAAACCAAGUGGCCUCAAGCGGAUGCGCUGCAUGCGCUCAGCCUACCUUCUGAGGAUCAUCCGUCGGACCAUCUGCCUUUGCUGGCUGAGUUUGAACUGAGUGAGACUCCUGUGGUAGUGCUCCUCAUCGUUCAAGGCUGGCCUCGAAUCGAGGCUCAGGUCCCGGAGAUUGCAGCGCUGCAGUUGGAACCCUCGUUGCUGCCGGCCAUUUUGGGCUUCUUCACCUACACGGUGGGUAAGGUGCUGGCGGGUGUGCUGAAAUGA